GCAGAGCCGAGCGAGCCGGGCUGGGCCGAACCCAACAACGGCGGCGGACCCGCCGGGCUGCGGCCCGGGCGAACAGCGGGCAGGAAACGCUACCGGAAAGAAGCACGGGCGAGCGCCGCGGCCGGCGGGAGGUCAGAGGGCGGAGGUGAGGAGGAGCCGCUUCCCGGUGAGCCCCCCCCGCCCCCCCAGCCAGGAGUGCUCCAUGUGGGAGGUGCCCCCGUGCCCGCCGUGCCCCGGGAUGGCAGCGAGGUGACAGUGAGGAUGACCCUGACGGAGCGGCUGCGCCUCAGGAUCUCGGGGGCCUUCUACAGCCACGGGCUGCUCUGUGCCUCCUACCCCAUCCCCAUCAUCCUCUUCACUGGCCUCUGCAUCCUGGCCUGCUGUUACCCGCUGCUGAAGCUGCCGCUGCCGGGGACGGGCCCGGUGGAGUUCAGCACCCCGGUGAAGGAUUACGCUCCCCCCGCGCCCGGCCCGGCGCCGCACGGGGACCAGGCCGAGAGACCCGACUGGUACGUGGGUGCUCCCGUGGCCUACAUCCAGCAGAUCUUUGUGAAAGCCACCGUGUCCCCGUGGCAGAAGAACUUCCUGGCCGUGGAUGUGUUCCGGGCCCCGCUGUCCCGCGUCUUCCAGCUGGUGGAGGAGAUCAGGAACCACGCCCUGAGGGACAGUUCUGGAGUCAGGAGCUUGGAGGAGCUUUGCCUGCAGGUCACAGAUCUCCUGCCUGGCCUCAGGAAGCUGCGGAACCUGCUCCCGGAGCACGGCUGCCUGUUGCUGUCUCCAGGGAACUUCUGGCAGAACGACCGGGAGCGCUUCAAUGCCGACCCAGACAUCUUCAAAACCAUCCACCAGCAUGAGCCAAAGACCUUGCAGACGUCAGCCACUCUCAAAGACCUGCUGUUCGGGCUGCCCGGGAGGAGCAGCGGGGUCAGCCUGUCCAAGCGGCAGCGCGUGGUGUCCUACACCGUCACCCUGGCGCUGCAGCGCUACGACUCCAGGUUCCUGAGCAGCCUCCGCUCCCGCCUGAAGCUGCUGCACCCCAGCCCCAACUGCUCCCUGCGGGAGGAGAGCGUGGUCCACGUGCACUUCAAGGAGGAGAUCGGCAUCGCCGAGCUCAUCCCGCUCGUCACCACCUACAUCAUCCUCUUCGCCUACAUCUACUUCUCCACACGGAAGAUCGACAUGGUGAAGUCCAAGUGGGGCCUGGCUCUGGCUGCAGUGGUGACAGUGCUCAGCUCCCUGCUCAUGUCCGUGGGGCUCUGCACCCUCUUUGGCCUCACCCCCACGCUCAAUGGAGGGGAGAUCUUCCCGUACCUGGUGGUGGUGAUUGGCCUGGAGAACGUGCUGGUCCUCACCAAGUCCGUCGUCUCCACGCCCGUGGACCUGGAAGUGAAGCUGCGCAUCGCCCAAGGGCUGAGCAAUGAGAGCUGGUCCAUCAUGAAGAACAUGGCAACGGAGCUGGGGAUCAUCCUCAUCGGGUACUUCACCCUGGUCCCGGCCAUCCAGGAGUUCUGCCUCUUUGCCGUGGUUGGCCUGGUGUCCGACUUCUUCCUGCAGAUGUUCUUCUUCACCACCGUGCUGUCCAUCGACAUCCGACGGAUGGAGCUGGCCGACCUGAACCGGCGGGUGCCCCCGGAGUCCAUCCUGCCCCCGGGGAAGCCGCCGUGCCGCCCGCGGGCCCCCCCCGCGCGGGCGAGCGCGGCCAGCCCGCACACCAUCACCCUGCAGCCCUCGUCCCUGCGCAACCUGCGCCUGCCCAAGCGCCUCCGCGUCAUCUACUUCUUCGCCCGCACCCGCCUGGCCCAGCGCCUCAUCAUGUCUGAUCACCUGUACAUCAGCAUCCUGCCAGCCAUCCCUGUCACGCUGUACCUGAACCCCCAGGAGGCCCUGGAGGUGCGACAUCCCCAGGAGGCCUCGCGCUACCACCCCUUCCUGGCCUCCAGCAGAGGGGAUCCGGACACUGGAGCUCAGCCCGACCACACAGCCAAGCUCCAGGGCCACCAGGAUGUCACCCUUUACAAGGUGGCUGCUCUGGGUCUGGCCUCGGGCAUCAUCCUGGUGCUGCUGCUCUUCUGCCUGUACCGGGUGUUCUGCCCCAAGAACUACGGGCAGAACGGGCACGGCCGCAGGAAGAGGGGGGACCUGCCCUGCGACGACUACGGAUACUCCCCCCCCGAGACCGAGAUCGUGCCCCUGGUCCUCAGGGGCCACCUCAUGGACAUCGAGUGCCUGGCCAGCGAUGGGAUGCUCCUGGUCAGCUGCUGCCUGGUGGGGCAGAUCCGCGUGUGGGACGCGCAGACGGGCGACUGCCUCACUGUCAUCCCCAAACCCAGGUACCAUCCCCAAACCCAGGUACCGCCCCACCAUCAUCCCCAAACCCAGGUACCAUCCCCAAACCCAGGUACUGCCCCACUGUCAUCCCCAAACCCAGGUACCAUCCCCAAACCCAGGUACCAUCCCCAAACCCAGGUACUGCCCCACCAUCAUCCCCAAACCCAGGUACCAUCCCCAAACCCAGGUACUGCCUCACUGUCAUCCCCAAACCCAGUCUGGGGGCCCGGGGGGGCCUCUCCUCACCCCCUGUUUCUCCUCAGGAUCGUGGCUGCCCGGCUGAACGGCUCCUUGGAUUUCUUCUCUCUGGAGACACACGCGGCCCUGAACCACCUGCAGUUCCGAGGGGCCCCGGGCCGGGGCAGUGUGCCAUCGUCGCCGGUGCUGAGCGGGGGGGCCGUGGUGCUGUGCCAGCUCACCCACAGCGUGGCCUGUGCCCACCACAAGCCCAUCACGGCGCUGAAGGCGGCGGCCGGACGGCUCGUCACAGGCAGCCAGGACCACACGCUCAGGGAGCUGGGCUGUGGUGCCAGCCUGGGCGUCAUCUCGGACAGCGUGCUGGUGACGGGGGGCCAGGGCUGCGUGUCCUUCUGGGACAUCGGCUACGGGGACCUGCUGCAGACCGUGUACCUGGGCAAGAGCAACGAGGCGCAGCCGGCGCGGCAGAUCCUGGUGCUGGACAACGCCGCCAUCGUCUGCAACUUCGGCAGCGAGCUCAGCCUGCUCUACGUGCCCUCCGUGCUCGAGAAGUUGGACUGAGCAGGAGCGGGGCAGGCGGGACCGAGGGGGGCUCGGCCCGAGGGGACGGGACAGCAGCUCCAUCGCUCCGGCCGUGCCUCCGGCACCUCCCCAGCUCAGACACCCGGCAGGGCCCCACCUUCCUGCUCCUCUCCCUGUUCCAGCACCUUCCCUGCCGUCCCGGGGGCUCCCAGGGAUGGUACAGAGGGACACAGGGUAGGGCAGGGGGGGACAGUGGUGGUGGCUCCCAGCACUGACCUGCCAGGGCACGGAACAGCCCCCGGAGAGCCCCGGGGGCAGCGGGGAGAGGGCCGGGACCGACCCCCCGGGCGGGGCUCAGCCCCCACGUGCCUUAGGGCGUGGCAGGGCCCCCCAGCCCCACCCCGGCCACAGCAGCCCUGCCCUAUUUAUUUAUAUGCUGUAAAUAGUUAUUAUUUAUUGGGGCAGGGGGGCCAGCACCCCCCUCACCCCGGCACAGCCGCCCUGCCCGGUCCCUCCUGCACCCCGUUUGCAGCAAUAGAGCACCUUCCUCCUCCUGCUGCGGGGCCAGAGGAGGCUUUUCUCAGGUUGGGAGGGGCGGGAGCCUCGCCCACGCUCCUGCAGGUGCUGGGGAGGGACCCCUGAGUGGGACCAACCAUGGGCAGGCACCACCCCGGGCACGGGGCUGCCCCCAGAGCCCCCCACCCACUGCGGGCCGGGGGCUGCACUCCCCUCCCCGCUGCACUACAGGCCCCGCUGCAGCCCCUCCCCAGGCCGGGGGUCCCGCCCGUCCUGCCGUGCCCCCCGAACGCCGAUGACGCCUGUUCUCGACCCCCGGUGAUUGUAGAGGCGGUGCCGGCCCGGCACGGGGCCCCCCAGGCCGGCCCCGCGGGUGGCCUUCGCCCAGCUGUACCUUUGUGCCGUACAGGGGACGCUUUUUGUACCGACGUGUUUUAUAACUGUGCGAGAACGCCCAUUAAACGGAACUAACCCGAGCCUG